AUGGCGGGAGUUCAGAAAGUCCGUUUAAAUAAUUUAAAUAUUAACAUAAAAAAUGCUUUAAUUAUAGGUAUUAUUAUAGCAAAAAACAGUCCUAGAAUAAUUGGCAACAAAAAGAAAAACGGAGAUUCAAGAGGUGUAAUGUCAUUCACGUUAAGAGAUUCUGAUGUUGAUACCAUUAAUGUUGAUGUGUGGGGUUCGGAGUAUUUUGUAAUUACAUUUUAUGAAAGAUUUCUUGUGGGCGAUGUUGUUGAAAUAUCGUCGCCAAAAAUAUGCAUUAAAAGCGGCGAAAAUGAAACAUUUCGGCCACAGGUGUCUUCACCAUUUUACCUCUCACUUAACGAAGGAUCAUCAGACGUCAGUAUUUUCAGUGGAGACACAUUUGGUGCGUAUCUGCCUCUUCUUCAUAUUCCCAGCAAAGCCUCUGCGGGUUAUUGUGGUCUCGCUGAAGUUAUGAAAUUUACCGAAAGAAGUGACAACAUUUAUGUCGAUUUACUAGUAGUUGUGAAAUCCGUCCAACCAGCGAAGACAAUAAAAACUAAAGCUGGUGUUGAUAUGUCGGUACGUGGUGUUGAAAUUGUGGACAACACUACUCCUGCGUCUCUCACAUUGGACAUAUUUGAUUUAGAUACAAUUCAAAGGGCGGAAGAAUGGCGUGCGUUGGAGAGCGUGCUGUUCAUCGCGGACGCGCGCGUGGCGUGGCGCGGGCGCGUGCGCGUGCAGGCGGGCGCGCGCAGCGUCGUCACGCACCAGCCGCACACCUCCGACGCCGAGGCGCUCCGCCUCUACAUACGCAACCAAGCCGGUAUACGCGGAGGCGAGGCUGCUGCGUGGGCUGCUUGGAGCGGUGAACGCGCUUGCGCAGCAUCCGUGGCACAAAUCCGCGACCGCCUCGCGGCCGGAGCGCCAUUCUGCGCUUCGCUCCAUGCAUUAUUGACACAUCUCAAUUUAGACGACCUUGUUACCGCAACGGAUAUAAAUUUAGAAGAGUUAAGAGUACGAUUUGCUGAUCACACUGGAGAACUGACUGCUCGUCUCCCGGUAAAAGUUCUGGAAGAAACACUGGGACUUUCUGCAGAACAAAUGAAGACAAUGCUAGCCGAAGAUAGAUCUGCUAUUCGCUGGAGAGUGUUACUUGAACAGUGCAGUGCUAAGUUGGCUGUAACACCGCCACGUAUCAUAGUACUGUCUCUACGACGCGCUUCACCAGCUGAUCCCAUACCCUUAUAUUGA